CCAAUGCGAAGCAUUUCUCAAGUCUGGAGGGCAGUGCUUGUGAUAAAAGGGGGUCGAUGACCGGCUUUUACAGUGCUAACUUGCUGCUUGACUUGGUUUUGUCCAUCCGAUCAUCCCGAUCGAGGCGUGGCAUCCUUAACCUGUCUCUAGCACGCUUUAUCACAAUGGGCCCAGGAACGCCCGCAACCGAUCCAAAUCCUGACAUUGAGCUCGGGCACAUGCCGCCCGAGUCUGAGUUCUCAAGAAACCCUGCACCGGUGCUCGACGAGUUACAGAAGGGUCAAGAUGCCGCCGCCCGAGAUUGCAGAACCGAUCUCCUCUCGUUCAAACGUGAGCCAAGGUUCAGCAAGGAUGGAGAUAUGCCAGUGUUUGGGCUAUAUAAGAGUCCAGCCAUGAUAUUGGAACUUCGAGAGCUUUAUAUUCUCAAGCUUCGCCACCUUCGAAUAAAGCUUGCCACAGAGGCGCUUGGGUAUCGAUACUCCAUCUCGGAGAAGUGCCCAGAUUGGGCAGACCCAGAUGCUAGAUACACUGACAGUAGGGCGCAUGAUUAUCUGACAGCGGUUAGAGACAUGCAAUUUAUCCAGGAGGCCAUCGAUACAAGGUCUGCUUCAAGUCGUUGGUUACGCAUCCACUCUUUCACCUCGGCGGACGCCGAUCUUUUGCGCACUCUACUCAAGGAUCAACAAGAACGCUUUCGCACGGUCAGUUCCCAGUCUGGCACAUUGGUUGAGCAAGAUCAAGGGAAAUAUAGCGAGGCAACUUUCGAAAAGUCGGGGGAAACGGAGAAUCCAAGCGACGGGGAAAACUCCAACCAGAGUGGUUAUGACAAUGCCCGAAACAUGCUUCAGAUAUCAGGGGGCGCAGUUUUAAUCUUUGCCAUCUUCGUGUCGUUCUUCUCAAACAAGGCUGUUGAAGUCUUCUCAGCCACAUCAGCCUACGCUGCGGUGAUGGUUGUGUUCUUGGGUGCUACGAUAGGGGGGUAG